AUGGCCACGACUUGGUUCCUUUCUCCGGCUGCCAAUGCAGUAGAUACGACGCAUCAACACGCAGUUGGACCGGCUAAUUUGUUUGACAUUGAACUGGCGAGGCCCUGGGGGUGGCAACGCCAUCGUCAAGCCCACGGGGUGGUUGCGACAGAGAUGCCUGUUUUUCGCGCGACAAGUCCGACUAUCACCACCAAGAUAGCUCAGACAAAAAAAUGCCCAUUGAUUGUAAGUUUAAGUUCCGUCCUCGUUCUCCGUAAAUUCAAGAAAACGCAUGGGGUUGGACGUUUCGGGCUUCUUCCCGAGAUCCCAAUCAAGUUGCACGAGUCCUCCACCGCCUAA